CCUCGCCCCUCCUGCUGUUUGCCAACCGCCGGGACGUGCGGCUGGUGGAUGCCGGCGGAGUCAAACUGGAGUCCACCAUUGUGGUCAGCGGGCUGGAAGACGCAGCCGCCGUGGACUUCCAGUUCUCCAAAGGUGCCGUGUACUGGACAGAUGUGAGCGAGGAGGCCAUCAAGCAGACCUACCUGAACCAGACAGGGGUGGCCACACAGAAUGUCAUCGUCUCCGGCCUGGUCUCACCUGAUGGCCUGGCCUGUGACUGGGUGGGCAAAAAGCUGUACUGGACAGACUCGGAGACCAACCGCAUCGAGGUGGCCAACCUCAACGGCACGUCGCGCAAGGUGCUGUUCUGGCAGGACCUGGACCAGCCGAGGGCCAUCGCCCUGGACCCUGCUCAUGGGUACAUGUACUGGACAGACUGGGGGGAGACGCCCCGGAUUGAGCGGGCUGGGAUGGACGGCAGCACCCGGAAAAUCAUUGUGGACUCAGAAAUUUACUGGCCCAACGGGCUGACCAUCGAUCUGGAGGAGCAGAAGCUCUACUGGGCCGACGCAAAGCUCAGCUUCAUCCAUCGUGCCAACCUGGACGGCUCAUUCAGGCAGAAGGUGGUAGAAGGCAGCCUGACGCACCCCUUCGCCCUGACGCUGUCUGGGGACACGUUAUACUGGACAGACUGGCAAACCCGCUCCAUUCACGCAUGUAAUAAGAGGACUGGCGAGAAGAGGAAGGAGAUCCUCAGCGCGCUCUACUCACCCAUGGACAUCCAGGUGCUCAGCCAGGAGCGGCAACCUUCCUUCCACACGAGAUGUGAGGAGGACAAUGGUGGCUGCUCUCACCUAUGCCUGCUGUCCCCGAGGGAGCCUUUCUAUACCUGCGCCUGCCCCACCGGCGUGCAGCUCCAGGACAAUGGCAGGACGUGUAAGGCAGGGGCUGAGGAGGUGCUGCUGCUGGCCCGGCGCACGGACCUGCGGAGGAUCUCUCUGGACACACCAGACUUCACAGACAUUGUGCUUCAGGUGGAUGACAUCCGGCACGCCAUUGCCAUUGACUAUGAUCCGUUGGAGGGCCACGUCUACUGGACGGAUGAUGAGGUGCGGGCCAUCCGCAGGGCACGGUUGGAUGGGUCGGGGGCGCAGACACUGGUGAACACUGAGAUCAACGACCCCGAUGGCAUUGCUGUGGACUGGGUGGCCCGCAACCUCUACUGGACCGACACGGGCACUGACCGCAUCGAGGUGACGCGGCUCAACGGCACCUCCCGCAAGAUCCUGGUGUCUGAGGACCUGGACGAGCCCCGGGCUAUCGUACUGCAUCCUGUGAUGGGCCUCAUGUACUGGACAGACUGGGGGGAGAACCCCAAAAUCGAGUGUGCCAACCUGGACGGGCGGGAGCGGCAUGUCCUGGUGAACACCUCCCUCGGGUGGCCCAAUGGCUUGGCCCUGGACCUGCAGGAGGGCAAGUUGUACUGGGGAGAUGCCAAGACAGACAAAAUUGAGGUGAUCAACAUGGAUGGGACCAAGAGACGGACUCUCCUGGAGGACAAGCUUCCGCACAUCUUCGGGUUCACACUACUGGGGGACUUCAUCUACUGGACUGACUGGCAACGGCGCAGCAUCGAGCGGGUGCACAAGGUCAAGGCGAGCAGGGAUGUCAUCAUUGAUCAGCUGCCCGACCUGAUGGGGCUCAAAGCCGUGAAUGUGGCCAAGGUCAUUGGAACAAACCCAUGUGCUGAUGGGAACGGGGGGUGCAGCCACCUGUGCUUUUUCACGCCCCGCGCCACCAAGUGCGGCUGCCCCAUCGGCCUGGAGCUGCUGAGCGACAUGAAGACCUGCAUAGUCCCCGAGGCCUUCCUGGUGUUCACCAGCCGGGCUGCCAUCCACAGGAUCUCCCUGGAGACCAACAACAACGACGUGGCUAUCCCUCUCACUGGCGUCAAGGAGGCCUCUGCGCUUGACUUUGACGUGUCCAACAAUCACAUCUACUGGACAGAUGUGAGCCUGAAGACCAUCAGCCGAGCAUUUAUGAAUGGGAGCUCCGUGGAGCAUGUGAUCGAGUUCGGCCUGGACUACCCCGAAGGCAUGGCCGUGGACUGGAUGGGCAAGAACCUCUACUGGGCUGACACUGGGACCAACAGGAUCGAGGUGGCCCGGCUGGAUGGGCAGUUCCGGCAGGUCCUUGUGUGGAGGGACUUGGACAACCCUAGGUCACUGGCCCUGGAUCCCACCAAAGGCUACAUCUAUUGGACAGAGUGGGGGGGCAAGCCAAGAAUCGUGCGGGCCUUCAUGGACGGGACCAACUGCAUGACACUGGUGGACAAAGUGGGCCGGGCCAAUGACCUCACCAUUGACUAUGCUGACCAGCGUCUCUACUGGACUGACCUGGACACCAAUAUGAUUGAGUCAUCCAAUAUGUUGGGUCAGGAGCGGGUGGUGAUUGCCGACGACCUGCCGCACCCCUUUGGCCUGACGCAGUACAGUGAUUACAUCUACUGGACCGACUGGAAUCUGCACAGCAUUGAGCGGGCUGACAAGACCAGUGGCCGCAACCGCACCCUUGUCCAGGGCCACCUGGACUUUGUGAUGGACAUCCUUGUGUUCCACUCUUCCCGCCAGGACGGCCUCAAUGACUGCGUGCACAACAACGGCCAGUGCGGGCAGCUCUGCCUUGCCAUUCCUGGUGGCCACCGCUGUGGCUGUGCCUCGCACUACACCCUGGACCCCAGCAGUCGUAACUGCAGCCCACCCUCCACCUUCUUGCUGUUCAGCCAGAAAUGUGCAAUCAGCCGGAUGAUCCCUGAUGACCAGCACAGCCCAGACCUCAUCCUGCCUUUGCACGGCCUGAGGAAUGUCAAGGCCAUCGACUACGACCCGCUGGACAAGUUCAUCUACUGGGUGGAUGGGCGCCAAAACAUCAAGCGAGCCAAGGAUGACGGUUCCCAGGCAGGUGCACUCAUAAGACGGGCCUUUGUUCUGACCUCUCCGGGCCAAAGUCCAGACAGGCAGCCGCACGACCUCAGCAUCGACAUCUAUAGCCGGACAUUGUUCUGGACUUGUGAGGCCACCAACACCAUCAAUGUCCACCGGCUAGAUGGGGACGCCAUGGGUGUGGUGCUCCGGGGGGACCGAGACAAGCCAAGAGCCAUCACAGUCAAUGCCGAGCGAGGGUAUCUGUACUUUACCAACAUGCAGGACCGGGCAGCUAAGAUCGAGCGUGCAGCCCUGGAUGGCACAGAGCGCGAGGUCCUCUUCACCACGGGCCUCAUCCGUCCUGUGGCCCUCGUGGUGGACAAUGCUCUGGGCAAGCUCUUCUGGGUAGACGCAGACCUAAAGCGCAUUGAGAGCUGUGACCUGUCAGGGGCCAACCGCCUGACCCUGGAGGACGCAAGCAUCGUGCAGCCCGUGGGCCUGACAGUGCUUGGGCGGCAUCUCUACUGGAUAGACCGCCAGCAGCAGAUGAUCGAGCGUGUGGAGAAGACCACAGGGGACAAGCGGACUCGCAUCCAAGGCCGUGUUGCCCACCUCACAGGCAUCCACGCCGUGGAAGAAGUCAACUUGGAGGAGUUCUCGGCCCACCCCUGCGCCCGAGACAACGGUGGCUGCUCCCACAUCUGCAUUGCCAAGGGUGACGGGACACCACGGUGCUCAUGCCCGGUCCACCUUGUACUCCUGCAGAACUUGCUGACCUGUGGCGAGCCUCCCACCUGCUCCCCCGACCAGUUUGCGUGCUCCACUGGUGAGAUUGACUGCAUCCCUGGGGCCUGGCGCUGCGAUGGCUUCCCUGAGUGCGACGACCAGAGUGAUGAGGAGGGCUGCCCCGUGUGCUCGGCCGCCCAGUUCCCCUGCGCACGCGGCCAGUGUGUGGACCUGCGUCUGCGGUGUGAUGGCGAGGCCGACUGCCAGGACCGCUCUGAUGAGGCUGACUGUGAUGCUGUCUGCCUGCCCAACCAGUUCCGGUGUGCCAGCGGCCAGUGCGUCCCCAUCAGGCAGCAGUGCGACUCCUUCCCUGACUGCGUGGAUGGCUCCGAUGAGCUCAUGUGCGAAAUUACGAAGCCGCCCUCUGACGAGACCCCCGCCCACAGCAGCGCCAUCGGGCCUGUCAUCGGGAUCAUCCUCUCGCUCUUCGUCAUGGGUGGAGUCUAUUUCGUGUGCCAGCGUGUGGUGUGCCAGCGCUACGCAGGGGCCAACGGACCCUUCCCGCAUGAGUACGUCAGCGGAACCCCCCAUGUGCCCCUCAAUUUCAUAGCCCCGGGUGGCUCACAGCAUGGUCCUUUCCCAGGCAUCUCCUGCAGCAAGUCCAUGAUGAGCUCUGUGAGCCUAAUGGGGGGCCGGAGUGGUGUGCCCCUCUAUGACCGGAACCACGUGACUGGGGCCUCGUCAAGCAGCUCGUCCAGCACAAAAGCCACGCUGUACCCACCGAUCCUGAACCCGCCACCUUCCCCGGCCACGGACCCCUCCCUGUACAACAUGGACAUGUUCUACUCUUCAAACAUUCCAGCCGCCACCAGACCGUACAGGCCCUAUAUCAUUCGAGGCAUGGCACCACCAACGACGCCCUGCAGCACAGAUGUGUGUGACAGCGACUAUAGCGCCAGCCGUUGGAAGGCCAGCAAGUACUAUCUGGAUUUGAACUCAGACUCAGACCCCUACCCACCCCCACCCACACCCCACAGCCAGUACCUGUCGGCGGAGGACAGCUGCCCGCCCUCGCCUGUCACUGAGCGGAGCUACUGCCACCUCUUCCCGCCCCCGCCGUCCCCCUGCACGGACUCAUCCUGACCUCGGCCGGCCCACCCCGGCCUCUCUGCGCCCCUGUAAAUAUUUUUAAAUAUGAACAAAGAAAAAAAUAUAUUUUAUGAUUUAAAAAAAUAAAUAUAAUUGGGAUUUUAAAAACACGAGAAAUGUGAACAGUGAUGGGGGUGGGAGGGCUGGGAAAACUUUGUACAGUGGAGAAAAUAUUUAUAAACUUAAUUUUUUUUUUAA